AUGUCAAAGGUCUUGUUUAUUAGCAAUGGGCAAUAAAGGACAAAGGUAUCACAUAUAAUCAAGUAUAGUGGAAGAGAGAAAUUACAACUACUACACCGAUGCAGUAUCUUGGAUGAAUGAUAAGAUUAAACCUGCAUUAGCUACAUACAGAUUUGGAGGAGUGCACAUGUGCAAUGGAUCUGUAAUAAUAGUGGCAGGAACCGUUUUAAAGUAAAAUAAAUUUCAAAUAUAUUCCUCUUGUAUCAAAUAGUGCAGACUUAAAUGCUGCAGUUCUGCACUGAAUAUGGUUAGUGGUUAAGCUGUGACCAAGACUUUUGGCAAACAGAUUCAGGAUGAAGUGGCCAUUAAACAUUCAAUAGAGCACUUUGAGUGCUCUAGUAGAGUAGAGAAGCACUCUAUAAGCUUGAGUCCAUUUACCAUUUAACUAUUCAUUGUCACACAGUUAGGAUAUUACCUUGGAAAAAAAAAAACAUGAGCUUUAAACGGCCACAUCAGCAAUCAGAUAGAUGAUGAGAUAAGAGGGUGUUUGAUUUAAAAGGAGCGGCAGAGUUUGAAAAGGGCACUCCUUGUUGCAGAGUCCUCCAGCUCACCCUCAGCGCCACCAUGACUUUCAACGGCACCUGGAAAGUUACUCAAAAUGACAACUAUGACAAAUUCAUGGAAAAAAUGGGAGUUAACAUGGUGAAGAGGAAGCUGGCUGCUCACGACAACCUCAAGAUUACCAUCGCACAGGAGGGAGACAAGUUUAACGUCAAGGAGAGCAGCACUUUCCGCAACAUCGAAAUUGAAUUUACCCUCGGAGUCACCUUUGAGUACGCCCUUGCAGAUGGAACAGAACUAUCAGGUGCGUGGACCUUGGAGGGAGACGUGUUGAAGGGAAUUUUCAAGAGAAAGGACAACGGAAAAGACCUGACGACAACCAGAAUUGUUCAAGGAGAUGAACUCAUACAGAGCUACACCUACGAAGGUGUGGAUGCAAAGAGGAUUUUCAAGAGGAGUUAG